AGUUGUCCGCGAGCCCGCGAAGUAUGCGGACUUCGUGCCUCCUAAGUUGCUCUGUGGUUCGGUCGUCCUCAUCUGUGAACACGUGUUGUAAAAUAAACUUGGUUCCCGUCGUGCGUUCCUAGUAAGUGAAAAGUAUGCUCCUUACUAUUGGCUACACUGUAUUUAUUGUGUCCUUCACUUGUUCGUACUACCUGAAAAGUCCUGAUAUUAUUCCUAGAGUUAGAAAUUGAUGAAACAGUUAUCUACCUACAACUAAGUGUAACAGUAUUUGAGAAGUUAUUUAGAAACAAAAAAAGUAUCAGAUACGACAAGCAUAUUAGAAGGAGCUUUGAAAACCCUCUACAGUUCGAAAAAUAAUAAAAAAAACGUCAUUGUACCCUUGAACAACCCUUGAAACUCGAAAAAGUUGUUACGUAACGGAGUGUGAAAAUCUUGUCAACAGAGUGAAUAGUGAUAGUUUUUGAAUAAUUCCAAAUCAAAGAGUGGAGAAAGCUAUCAGAGUGUUCACUUGAAAUUCCGUCAACUCGGAAAGUUCUCAAACACCGGGUGUGGAGAUUUUAUUGGCUAUAUCAACCCCAUAGAUUUGUCAAAAACGUAAUGAUAUUUCAGUUUUGAUCCCACCUCAUUAUGCGCAAAAUAUUUGUUCUUAUUGAUUGAAAAUUGGACUCCAUACUACAAUGUGUUAUAUUGAAUGUUGGGAAUAAAUUGCCGGCUUUUUCGUUGAACGGACUGACAUAACCUCAGGAUAGGAGAGUACGUGCUAAGCGGAGAAUAAUAAGCCGAGAUGUGAAGAUGGAUUACAAGAAGAUGAAGCCAUUUUUCAAGCUAAACAAGACAGCAGUGACAAGUUGUAAAGGAACACGUAUUUGGCGCACGACUUAAUCGAGCGUUAAACACGACGUGAAUCCGGAUAACCGCGGUUUAAGAUGAUUACCAGUUAUGUGACCGACGUACGAACACAUCCUUCCGUUGAUCGCUGCAAUUUCUCAGUUUCUCUCGGCUAUGACGAACGUUUUUCGUGCAACCAGACAAAAAGUGGAUUGCUCUCGAUAUUCUUGAAGAUAAACGAGUGCUGAACAAUGUGAGUGAGCGGUGGUGUCAGUGUGUGUGUGAGAGAGAGACAAAAUGAGUUAGGUGCCAACCGUCAUAAACGGCACAUAUGAUUUCUGCAUUGGCCUCAGAGUUGAACAGCAGCAGUGUGAGCCUAUUUAGCCUCAACCAGACGCCGUCAGCCAAUCAGAGCCUCCUGGAUUACAAUGGCAACUAUACCGAGAUCCCCGUGUUCCCCAGCUACAUCCGGACAACAUCCAUGGUGUUCUGCAUAGUCAUCCUGGGCAUAGGGGUGGUGGGCAAUGUGAUGGUGCCCAUAGUGAUCCUCAAGACAAAGGACAUGCGCAAUAGCACCAAUAUUUUCCUGAUGAACCUCAGCAUCGCUGACCUGAUGGUGCUUCUCGUGUGCACGCCUACUGUUCUGGUCGAGGUCAACUCGAAGCCUGAGACGUGGGUGCUUGGAGAGGAGAUGUGCAAAGCGGUACCAUUCGUUGAGUUGACAGUAGCUCAUGCCUCAGUCCUGACAAUUCUGGCCAUCAGCUUCGAGAGAUACUACGCCAUCUGCGAGCCGCUCAGAGCUGGCUACGUCUGCACCAAAGCCAGAGCCCUGCUCAUCUGUGUGCUAGCCUGGGCGUUUGCUGCCAUCUGUACCAGCCCGAUGAUGAUGAUCUCAAAGUACCGCAGCCGCGUCCGCUACUACGACGGCAGCCUAGUUGACGUGUGCCUGACUCAGGCUGACACUUCCUGGUCGGCCAUCUUCUUCCUGGCGACCAUCUCGCUGUUCUUCGUGCUGCCGCUAGGGGUGCUGGUAGCGCUCUACUCGACGAUCGCCCGCCAUCUCACCAAGGAGCCGGGACCGGCAUCCUCCAGCGACGCUUGCAACCAGCGGGCACGGCGCCAGGUCGUCAUGAUGCUGGGCACUGUCGUCAUGUUCUUCUUCCUGUGUCUGCUCCCCUUCCGGAUCUUGAUUCUAUGGAUCAUCGUGUCCCCACCGGAAGCCGACCUCAAACAAGAGUUCGAAACCUACUACGUGGUCCUCCACUUCUGCCGCAGCAUGCUCUACCUCAACUCCGCCAUCAAUCCUAUCCUCUACAACCUCAUGUCCUCCAAGUUCCGCCAGGGUUUCAAGUCCCUCUGUGGUCUAGGCCGGCGUACCCGUAGCACACUGCUACUGAGACACACGGGCACCCUCACCACCACCCUGUCACAGUCCAGCGCCCGCACGCACCCACAUCGCGCCUCCUUCGAUCUGUCCUGGCGGUCCUCGUCAAUUGACUCGCGGACGCCGUUUUGUGCCAGCCGCAAUGGCUCCAUUAGGAGACACGUGGUGAUUGCAUCGUCGCUGCUGCGCAAGCAGAUGACAUGUCCUGAGCUCACCGACCAGUCAGAGAGCUAUGUUUGAACCAAAAUAUUCCCUAGAUCUAAAAAAAAAUAAAAAUAAUGUGCAUAGUGUCAGAGCUGAUUGACCAGUCUUAGAGCAAUGUGUGAAGUCCCUAUAGAACAUCCCUUGAACAAAAAUAUCAUACCUAGAACAAAAAUAAAUGUAAUUCAGUUAUGAAUUAUAAAAAACAGAAACAUAAUGAGCACAAUGUGACAGAGCUGACUGGCCAGUCUUAGAACAAUGUAUAAAGUCCAUAGAACAUCCCUGGAACAAAAAUAUCAUCCCUUGAACAUCCCUAGAACAAAAAUAAAUGUAAUUCAGUCAUGACCAGACCGUUAUACCCCUUAAACUACCCUAAUAAUAGGUACAAAGAUACCCCCUAGACCACCGAUACGAUAUACCGGUAUAGUUGAAGAGCAAAAAGAUCUUGAUCAAAAUAUGCUGUAUGAAAUAAAUUCAGUAAUAAAACUGAAUGAUAAUGUCUUUGAACUCAUACACAUUACACACAAAUUUCAGUCGCAAUUGAUUUAUAUAUUCCAUGAAUAUUUAACAUGUUACAGCUUCCCUCUUAGCAAGAAUAUUCAAUAUUCUGAAACUCACCAUCAUGAAGAAGUAUUCAAAAUCUCCCAUAAUGUCAAGUAAAGUUGGAAGAAUAAGUUGAAGAAUGAGACCAUUGCUCAUCCUGCACUGUACAACAGAUUAUUUUCACA